CACACAGAGAGCAAGACGAGACAAAAGUGUUUACAGACGUGUUAAAUAUCUGAAAAUUUCAACAUGAGUGCUCCACGACAACAGCAGGUUUGCGGAGAUUCUGGCUCCGAGAGCUCAGGAGAUGAAUGUGGACAGAAGCAUGGAAAGGGCAAAGGCAAAGGGAAAGGUCAGCAAUGUCAGCAAGGUCAGCAAGGACAGCAAGGUCAGCAAUGUCAGCAGGGUCAGCAAGGACAGCAAGGUCACGGACAUGGUCACGGUCAUGGAGGUGAUCAUGGGAAAAAGGGACAUGGAUGUGAGCAGCAAAAAGGAAAAAAGUGUUAAGGUCAUGACCUGAGACCAUGGUGGUCCAUGCAUGUCCUCAUGCUUUACAUAUUAAAACUGUGUUUCAGCUCCAUAUUGCAUUCAAAUAAUGAAAUUAAAACACCCUUAAAUGA